CCGAGGGGCGGCGACGCGGGAGCCCGCAGUCAUGCUGAGAACCUCAGCGGAGUCGGAGGACACACGUCGCGAAGCUUUUCAUCUCUACCAAAAAAAAUUGCUCGGUUACAAACUGAUGCUACCGAUUACGCCUCAUUUCGUCAUGGAAUGCGGCUGUGAAAUCAAAACAAAAUUUUUAUAACAACUCGUUAACCAACCACUGUGAUCAAUGCUCCAAUUUCUUGGAGAUACUGAAAAUUAUUUUCUAUAUAGAUUUAGUUCAGUGAAGUGCUCUGAAUAUAAUUUCGUGUGCUAACCGACAAACUUACUAUUAGUGAUUUUACACGUGAUUGUUGAACCAAAGACUGACUGAAAACUAUUCAAGAAAGCAAGAUCACGAGAAGCCUUGGUGACGAAUAAAAGGCACGUAAUUAGUGAAAAGUGAAGUUGAAAAGCGUCGGUGUCGACGCUGUUAAAGACCGAGGCUUCAGCGGGGAACGCCCGCCGCGUGGAUGGUGGCGGGUGAAUGGGGCUAUGCGCCGGCGUCGGCCACCCCCGCCAUGAACGCCUUCCUCGAAACGAACCAUGCGCACCUGGCGUCCUACGGGCUGAAGAUGUCACCGCAGCCGGCCUGCGGCGUGGGCCCGCAGCAUCGGGCCGCCGCGCCGCACCCGCCGCCGCACCACCCGCCGCACUACCAGCCCUACCCGCUGCAUUCCUACCAGCCUGGCUACCUGCGCGAGUACGGUGGCUGCGGUGAGCUGUUCCCGCAGCAGCCGCUCGAACAAAGCUGGGACUGGCGUGGGGACAUGCACUACCAGGGCGGCGCGCCGCCGCUCGUGCCUCACGCGCAUGCCCAUGCUCCGCACGCCUUCCUGCGCUACGUGCGCGCUCCUCCUAGGCGCGACAUGCGCUGCCAGUGGCUCGACCCCGAGCAACCACCCCCGCGCAAGUUGUGCAACAAACUCUUCUCGAGCAUGCACGAAAUCGUGACGCACCUUACAGUGGAACAUGUCGGUGGACCUGAAUGCACGACGCACGCCUGCUUCUGGCAGGGUUGCUCGAGAAACGGUCGCCCGUUCAAAGCGAAAUAUAAGUUGGUGAACCAUAUACGCGUGCACACUGGCGAAAAGCCCUUCCCUUGCCCGUUUCCCGGCUGCGGAAAAGUGUUUGCCCGAUCCGAAAAUCUGAAGAUACAUAAACGAACACAUACCGGGGAAAAGCCGUUCAAAUGUGAAUACGCCGGUUGCGAUCGUCGAUUCGCAAACUCUUCCGACAGAAAAAAGCACUCGCAUGUGCAUACGUCUGAUAAACCGUACAACUGUCGCGUGCACGGCUGCGACAAGUCGUACACUCAUCCGUCGUCGCUGCGCAAGCACAUGAAGGUCCACGGCGCGGCCGGGGACGCGUCCCCGCGCUACGACAGCGACGGCGACGACUCCUCAUCCGCGGGCAGCGUCAGCGUCACGGCCGGCGCCAGCAGCCCGCCGGCGCCGCUGCCGCCGCCGCCCGCCGCCGCGCCCGCCCCCAUGCCUCCGCACCACCCGCCCCACCACGCUUCCAUUGCGGACAAACUCGAGAGCCUCAACAAUAAGUACCUCAAUCCUCACGAUCAGAAACCCUAUGAACGGCCUCCCGCACCACCCCACCACAAUCAAGCCCCACAUCUCACUAAUAUCGGAGGCAACGGUGUCAUGGACAAUAAACUCGGUUUUGGUGGGCACUGGAGCCAGUUCCAGCAACCGGCCCCCGCGAUGCCGCAUGGAGUACCUGACUGGUGGUGUCCCACGCAGGAGACCUACCACCACCACCACUUAAUGCAUCACUCCGGUGCCGCCGCUGCCUACUGACAGCAUCGCACUUAGGGAACUCUUCACUCGACGAUCACCACACGCACUCUUCUAUAGCGGGACAUAAAACAAAAAGGUUUUUGUUGGAAAUCUUACUUAACAAGUUCUUUUGAUUAAUUUAAAAUGCUAUGUUGAGUCAGUAUUUAAUAAUUUAUUUAUUAACGUGGAAUGAAAAGUUUCCUAAGGCGCCUUAAUAGAUGUUUUAAUUGUAGUGCAUUCUACGCUUAUAUUAAUUAUAUUAGUCUGACCGCUAUAACAAUUAUUAAAAAAAAAUCUAGGGGCGUUUUCAGAAUCAAAUAUAGAAAACCUGAUUUCCUUGUCCAGAAACCUGAAAUCCUCUUGUUUUUGGGGUUCAUUCUACCCAGAAUCGAUAGCAUUAUCCAUUCCACCAAUAAGCAAAAGUUGUCCCAAAAAAUUUCGUUCCAUAACGUCAUGUUUUGAUAGGAAUAUUUUUUCACUAGUAUUACGUGCGCAGCACGUAACGGACUAACAUUACACACAAAUUUUUGGGACAUUUUUUUAUCAUUAGGAUUGUCAUGAUAUCAUUUGUUAGUGAGUCUGAGAUUAGAAAACCUAAAAAUCAGCCAUUAUUUUAUAAAAACACCCUCUUUAUUUUGCACUAUCCUCGCUAGUUGCGCAACAUGCGCUACAAUUGUCCGAGAAGAGCUCAGAUUAGAACAUUUUAAUACCUAAUAGGUUGUUUGUUUUAAAACAACGAACUAGAAUUAUUAUGGUGAAGUACGGUGAACAAUGUACCUACCUAGUUAUAUUUGUUGUAUCACAUUUGGAAAUGUUAACUUGUGAGCACUUUGAUCAUUUCUGAUAUUUUGUCUGCUUGCGUCCCGCUGGCAGCACGAGAAGCUUUAUAUGUAGGAACUGGUUUCAAUAACACAAAUUGCAAAUUACUCAACUGCCUCGUUGACCGUGAUUAGAUACAGCCUUUUAGAAAAAUAAGAAGCGAUGUACAAACUGUUUUCUGUUAUUAAUUCUAUUAAUAAAUGACUUUAUUGAUUGUUAAUUACAAAAAGGUGUUUGCGGUAACAUCGACAGAUUUGCAGUAAGGGACUCGUAAUGUAAGGAACAUGAAAUUACAUAAAUUCAGCAGCGAGGCCAAAGCACCGAAGUCCAUUAAGACUACGAUUUGUAGGUUUAAAAUUUGUGUAUAUUUUUUACUUUGGGAUAAUUAGCGACUUGUAAAAUAUAUAGAUUAAGAUGAAUGCCCAGUGAUAAUAGGUAUAAGCAAUUGAUUUUAAUAUAAGUUAUCAGUGUCUUUGCUAAUGAAUUGUGCUAUCCACUUCUGAACUUUACGAUUAUAGCUAUACUUAUAUAAAAAUAUUGAUGUAUCUAUUUUUUCACAUACUGACAUAUUAUAAAAAGGCAAAACUUAUUUAUAUUGCAUAUAAAUGACUGAAAGAGCACCAUGUAUUCUAAGUUAUUUUAAGAGGAUAUUGUUGAAUGCCUUUUCUACAGCCAUGUAAAUAGCAGACUUUUAAAAGUAAUAAAAAAUCGUAUUUGA